AUGACAUAUUGGAACGGCACCAUAUUAGGACCCCCACAUAGUAAUCAUGCUAACCGUAUUUACUCUUUAUCCAUUGAAUGUGGCCCAAAUUAUCCAGAUGAACCACCAAAGAUUAAAUUCAUAUCGAGAGUAAACUUACCAUGCGUCGAUGUCAACACUGGUGAAGUUAAGCCUACAGAAUUCCACACAUUACGUGACUGGAAAAGAUCCUACACUAUGGAAACGAUAUUACUAGAAUUAAGAAAAGAAAUGGCAUUACCUGCAAACAAAAAACUAGGACAACCAAAAGAAGGUACUACAUUUUAA